AUGGACCACCACUGCCCUUGGCUUGGCAACUGUGUUGGGCUUCGAAAUCACAAGCUUUUCUUGCACCUGACAUUCUACAGCUCCGCUUCCUGUGUCGCCUUCCUGACGGCUGCGUGGCCGCUUCUUCCCGAGGUCUUUGCGAUUGCAUUUCCUCCUUCGCGGGGGGCCGUGAUGCAGGACCCCCAGAAACUUCGCCAGUGCGGCCUCGUCUUCGUCGCCUUCGGCCUCGCUUCGUCCUUCGUGGUGUCUCUCGGCGGCCUGUUUGCAAGCAGCCUCUCCAACGCCCUGCGCGGGCGGACCAGCGUGGAAUGGAACUAUGCAGGCCCCAAUCCUUUCGACCAGGGGCCUCUCCGCAACCUCGAACAGAUUCUGGGCCCUCUCAGUGCAGCGUGGCUCGUGCCGGUUGUGGCCCCCGAGGACCACUUGGACUGGGGGGCAAACUUUUCCCUGGGGCCCCUGAAGCUGGACCUUGUGGUCCUCGACUUCGUGGAGUUGACCUGUGAUCAAAGCCUGCACUUUGCCGAAGCCGUUCAAGAAGGCAGAGAUGACGAAGUGGAAGAGCUGCUGCACAUGCCGGCUGAUCCAAACAUUGACUAUGUUACUGCCUUCAACACUCCAACGCUUCUGUGGCAAGCAGCCUCCAGAUGCCUUCUGGAAACAGCUGGAAUUUUGUUGGAAGCAAGAGCCAACGUGAAUGAGGGCGAUCCGUUCAAUUGCACACCGUUGUGUGCAGCUGUGACAUACCACGGGGACUGGGACAUGAUACAACUGCUGAUCAAAGCUGAUGCUGAUAUUCUACUUGGAGAUGAUUUCGGUCGCACUGCCCUAUGGUGCGCCGCAAAUCAUGGUCGGGUUCGGAUCGCGGAGCUACUGAUCCUUCUGGGUGCCGAUCCCAGGAAGGCGGCAAGUUCCAGCGGCCAGUCACCGUUGGCCGUGGCGUGCGAGAGGCAACAGUGGGACUUCGUGAAGUUCCUGCUGCUUCCGCAGCUGUCUUUGCAGGAGGCAGUGGAUGUCAACGAGGCAGACACUUCGGGUAACACCCCUUUGUGGUAUGCGGCGCAGAAUGGUGGGUUUUCGAUUGCCAACCUACUGCUGUUUGCUGGCGCCGACAAGGAUCGAGGGAACUCCUGUGGCCAAACCCCUCUUUGGAUUGCUGCCCGGGAGGGACACCUCAGCAUUGUGCAACUGCUGGUGCUGGCUGGUGCUGAUCGGGACCGCGAAGAUAAAGAAGUGUUCGCCUCCCCAGCGGAGGUAGCUGAAAAGGAGGGCCAUGUGGACAUAGCGCGCCUGUCUGUGGAAGCCCCAGUGGGUGCCACACUGGUGGACGUGGCGAAGGUGGCGGCUGUGAACCUUGUCGAGCCCGACACUCAGUUUCGUGAUCAUUUCGUGGACUUCCGCGUGGCAAAGACGGUGAACACGAUCCCCUACGAUGCGUCGCUCCCCCAGAAGCCGGCCAAAGAUACGCCGCUGGGCAAGCACAGCAGCAAGAAGGUCACCAUCGUCGGGAUGGGCCAAGUCGGCUUAGGCUGUGUCUGUGCAAUUCUCAACCAGGACAUCUGCGGGACGCUUGCCUUGAUCGACAUCGCGGCCAAGAAGUUGGAGGGCGAAGCCAAGGAUUUCCAACAAGGGAGCGCCUUCCACCAACACACCCAGAUCCUGGCCUCCGACACCUACGAUGUCAGUGAGAAUUCGGACAUGGUGGUAAUCACUGCCGGUGUGGCUCAGCAACCUGGGGAGUCGCGGCUGAGCCUGGUCGAUCGCAACGCCAACAUCCUGAAGAAGAUCAUGCCGGAGGUUCUCAAGUACUCCCCGAAUGCGACCAUCCUCAUCGUCAGCAACCCCUGUGACAUCAUGACGGCGAUUGCUGCCAAGCUUGCAGGCCCCGACUUUCCACAGGGGAAGGUGUUUGGUGCCGGCACUUGCCUCGACACAUCCCGGUUCCAGACGCUGAUCGCCCAGUCGAUGGACUUGGAUCCCAAGAACGUCCAUGGAUACAUCAUCGGCGAGCACGGCGACUCUUCCAUCCCUGUCUGGUCCUCGGUGCGAGUCGGCGCGCUCCCUCUCCUCGAGCCAGGGGAGGAGCCCAAUGAGACCCUUCAGAAGAUCCACAAGAACGUGGUGAACUCUGCCUACGACAUCAUCAGCCUCAAAGGCUACACCAACUGGGCCAUUGGCAUGUCGACCGCAUAUAUCUGCAAGGCCGUACUGAAUGACACGCGCACGAUUAUCCCGGUAUCCACCUGUGUGCGUGGCCUGUAUGACGUGGAGGGCGACGUGUUUCUCAGUCUCCCCUGCAGCCUCUCCAGCCAGGGCGUCCAGCGUGUGGCCGUGCUCCCUUUGACCGACUCAGAGAAGGCCACCUUCCAGAAAUGCGCCAAGAGCAUCUGGGAGGUUCAGAAGCCGAUUUGGGACAACUUGCUACCCCCCUCGGAACCCAAGGCGGCCUGA